UAGGUGCUACAGGCGAUGGGUUACCCCACAGGCUUCGACACAGACCUGGACUCCAUGAGUGCAGACGAGAAGUCGGACGGGGAGGGCAAGAACGAAACGUCCACACACUCAAGCAAUAACACACCACACUCCUUAGACAGCUCCAACACGUUGGAGGUGCGAACUCAGGGUCCUAUUUUGACGGCCAGCGGGAAGAACCCGGUUAUGGAGCUGAAUGAGAAACGCCGUGGGCUGAAGUACGAGCUCAUCUCGGAGAGCGGAGGAAGUCACGACAAACGCUUCAUCAUGGAG